AUGGCAGGCGUUUCUCCGGCUUUCGCGCACUUCGCGGCAGCUUCAAGGGGAGGGUCGUCGGACCGAAGGAUCAAGACAAACAUUGUUGUUGUCGAUGGUUAUAAUCUCCACAACAGUAAAGUCCUCGAUCACCACCCUCCCACACGAGUUGGUUCUAGAGGCAAUGCAGAGGAGUCACCACGGAUGGCGUCAGAGGGAAGCGACGAUACGUGGACAGAAAGAAACUCCCGAUGUCUCCGCGAGAUCCUUACUUUUCUUUGCCGGUCGGACUCGAGGUUUUACGCUGAAAAGUACGGUGUGACGUCUGAGGACUACCGCCAGCAGUUACAUUUGUACGAGAAUCCACCAGAACUGCUUAAGCGACCCAUUCGUCCGUAUGUCAUAGAGCAGACCAUUUGGUUUGUUGUAAAGCGGCACUAUCGCUUCCAAACAGACAGCUUAUACAAUCAGCUGGAAGACGUCUCUGUCCAUCUGCUUAACCUCUGCAUCCGGGAAACCCCAAAAGCCAACUCAGUCGUUGGGCCUGACAUUCUUCUCCUAGCUCUCAGCGAGUAUCACGGGAGGCUGUUUGCCAACUACUACAAGUGGUGUGAUUAUCUGGGUGAAACGCCGUUCCCAUGGCAGAAACCGCCAUGGAUGAUGGACAGCUACUGUUCGGACGGAGCCAGUGACUCGCCACUGACCGAUAUCACAGUGGUCCGUGGCACAGACACGCCGUCUGGACCCUCGAGUUUCUUUCCAGCCUCGUUACGUCAAGAGGCGCAGCAGAUGAUGUACGAGGUGGCGUUGUUCAAGUUAAUGUGGGGCGAGGCCGCUAACCUGAGGCAUACUCCCGAGCUUUUGUGCUGGCUGUUCCACUGGAUGUGUAUGGCGUGGGAACCAGAAUUCAAAGCAGAGGAGGAGUUCGUGGACCUCAUUAGAGAUGUCGUACAAAGAAUGCGAGACGAGCAAUGGUAUCUUGCUGGAACGCUUCGGGCACCUGACCAUGGAGGGCGCCUUCUGUACGACGACAUAAACGAGGUUUUCUGGGAGCGUGCAGCGGUCUUGCUUCUGCACGGAGCAAGAGAUGCUACUCGUAGGACAGAGGCAGGGCCUGAUCCGUGUCACUUCGACAAAAUUGCCGAUGCCUCCACAAUUGAAGAAAGGCCUAGUCCCCCCACGGGUCCCACUCUUUUAUUCACGCGAGAGAAUUUCAAUUUCUUCGUUCACAAGCUCCUGCAUGGCGCGAAGCCACGCGAAGGGGUGAAGACUUUCAUGGAAAGGCGAUCGUAUCUGCAGCAUGUGCCCAUGUAUCUGCAGGUGCUCAGAAGCUUCUGGCGCGUCAUUGCUUGGCAUGGCGUUACAUUUGCUUUUCUGUUCUUUCUUCGGGCUGUCUUCGACGACGAGCAUGCGGCGGAGGUAUCGUAUGCGUGGAACCAGACAGUGGUGACCUCGGCGGUUCUCCAUGCCCUCGGGCCUCUGUUCGACCUCGUUCUCCUCAACUGGCGGGCCCUGAGGAAGCCGCAUUUUUGGCAGUUCUUCUUCCAGGAGAAUGCCGUCAACCUGAUUCGAAUAGUUUUCCUUCUGAUCGUCCUUUCUAUUGUCGCAACCGAAGGAACGCAGAGUCCGCUCCUCCGUUGGGACGGCAGCGUCGGGGCGGCCUAUUUGUUUUUCUACUUGGCACAUGGCUUACAUUACUACCUUUUCGUUCGUAUCCGCGGCCAAAUGCCAGUAUUUCACCUUCUCUGGAAGCUUCCUGUCAUAAGCGCGAUCGCCAAGCCGUCAACCUUUACCGGCAACACACCUUUGCUUGCUGAAGAUUUCAGCCACGUGGUUCGGUAUAUUCUAUUCUGGAUCCCAGUAGUAAUAUUGAAAACAAGCUACUGGCUAUUUGUCGCGCUGCCAGCCCUAAUUGAGGCAGCAAAACACAUUGAGCUGGCCAUCGCGAGGCCGUACAUGGGCGGUUCCAUGACUGGCUUCAUUGAUGGAUCUCCAGGCCUGCUGAAGGCUGCGAUGUGGAGUCCCGCCUUCCUUAUCUGGUUAUUCGACCUCCAGAUAUUUUUCCUCUUAGCUGGAUCGCUAUAUGGAAGCUUGGAUGGGUGCUGGCGGAGGGUGGGCUUCUUCAAAAGCUCAAGGAAAAUUCAAAAGAGACUGCUGCCAGUACUGUCAUCUGCACCGGCUUUCGACGUCAAGUCUCUCCUUAAACAGACCAAAAAUGUGUCAAACAAGGAAAAACAUGUCGGCCUCAGCAAGCCGCACCCUCUUAAUAGGGGGGAAAGCAUGCGGAGGGCAUUCUCCAGAGUCGAUUCAGUGAGAGCUGAGGCUCCUCCUGCACCUGUUGACGCCCGCACCGGGGUCCUAAAUCGAAACUCAACGAAAGUGCAAUAUCAAAAUUGCAAGGAUCCUUACCGGAACAUGGUUCCUCUGCUUCGUACUGGCUCACUGGCAAACCGCGCAGUCGACAUAGAAUGCGUUGAUGACCGCACUAUUGCGCGCAAACGUUUUGGCUUCCUGUGGAAUGAGGUCGUCCACAGUUGGAGACUAGAAGACAUAGUCUCAAACGCUGAGGCAGACAAGCUGUGCUUCAACGAACUGCCGCUUCUCUCCCUUGGGAACGGGAAUUGGUCGCUGACGGUAGUAGACCGGCGUGAAGCGUUUAUACAAUGGAACAGGUCGACAUUCCGGCUUCCGGUCUACUGUUACUGCGACGUCGUUCUCGGCUUCCUAAAGAAAUGCGAGAACUUCCACCAUCAAAUAAGUGACAAUAUGGCCCGCCUCAGCUCCAAGGCCCACGUGGCUCAGAGGUUUUUCUGCAAGCAUCUAUCGGAUGACCCAGACCACCACGAUCCAAGAUUCGAAGAUCUUCUCCACAUUGAGGCCUGCACGGAGAUCGCCGAGGCACUCUGCCUGUACUUUUCCAGAUACUUUGAGCAGGGUGCAGACUUGGUGGACGCCAUGACUGAUCUGUGGAGCUGGCUCAAAGAAGACGGCAGCAGGCUCCUGUGGAUCAACUUGCUUUCCCUGAAAGAUUUGGUCCCUAUUCUAGAGCAACUGUUCAGCCUUCUCCAACGGACUGGAACCUGGGGUGACACAGAGGAAGCUGAUCUGGACAGAUGCAACAGGAAGCUUAAAAAGGGCCUGUCAUCUCUGGUGCUUUUGCCCAGUAGUGGCUGUGACAACCCAGGAGCCAUCGAAUUACCUGGGGUUGUGAAAGAAUACUUGACAGCCAUCAACAUAUGCCUCGGCGCUCGCCGCGACCAGCCGAUGCCGUCAAUAUAUCCACAGCCCGUCGAGAUCGAAGAGGUCAACGGCAUGGUUCGCGAGUUUCAGAUAAUAAUGAACCACACACAGCAGUUACACCUAGCUGAGGAAGAAAGCCUCGAAAACGACUCACGUCUCAUGCCAAUGACAGCGGAACAGAUGGCAGAGUUUCGUUGCCUCCACGCAAUCCUCGGUGACGCAGACGCCGACGUCUUCGUUGGAGAAACAGACGACAGGAUUCCACGAGGGCAGCCUAUUCUUGACAACGAAAGCGCAGCCUCCAAGGUUCUUCUAGCCAAGACUGAGCAUGCGGUGAAGCUCUAUUUCCGGAGGUCUGCCCGUAUCCUGCGCGCCAGCAACCCAUAUCUCGCCACUGCCGAAGCUGACAGAAGAUUGAAGCAGUUUGCAAAUUCCUUGCUCAUGAAGAUGCCAGAGUCACCAGAGAUUCGAAAAAUGAUCUCCAUGGUGACUCUAACACCUUAUUACCGGGAAGACGCCGCGCUUGACCUACAGGACCUCGAGAAGCCCACCGAGGAAGGAAUAAGCAAAAUGGAGCUUCUGCGGAGCCUACAUCCUAAAGAGUUCGAAAACUUUCUGGAGCGUGUCGAUAGAGAAAAAGAGAUGUUCACAAUUCAUCAAGAGCUGGAGAACCGCGUUACUGAUUCCCAGAGAGAACGGCGGCAUGCCGCUGCGGAAGUCCGACGCCAGAUGCGGCAAAGUGGGUUGGUUCAACGGUACGACAGAUUUUGCGAGGCUUUGCAGGAGUGGGCCUCCUACAGGGGCCAGGUUCUCAUACGGACGGUUCGCGGCAUGAUGUACCAUGAAAAAGCAAUCAAGAUGCAAGCGUAUCUGGAAGAAACGACGUACGAAUGUCUUCAUCUCUGCCACGAUUUGAAUCGCCUCGAUUUUGGACAGCUAGAAUCCAUACGGAGCCCUGAAGCAGAGCUGUGGUCGGAGGUGCUGCAGCCGCUUCCCGUCUACGAGCUAUCCACCGCUAUCACGUCUACGGCUCGUCUGAAGUAUCAAUACCUCGUGGCUGCUCAGGAGUUUGGAACCGACAACAAGGCAAAACCGGCUCCAGCAGGGAAGGAGCUGACCCCCGCCGGGCGCAGCGCUCUUUUGAGGAAGCUUUGGGUGUACAAGCUGUUGGUGCGCAAUCCUAAUCUGCGAAUCGCCACCAUUGAAGCCGAGGUUGAUGAAAGAGGCGUGCCAACAGGGCACAAGCUGAGCAAGCUAUAUCGGCUAACAGCAGACCCCGAUCUUCUUCGGGUGCGCGUCGCUGCUCCAACUGCGCAUUGCCAAGAUACUGGUCAGAUCCGGUCCCGGUACGAGCGUCAAAUGGUCAGCGUGCCUGUGGCCGCAGCGCGGAUGCCACGGCCAUUUGUUCCAGUGCCUCAUAUGCCUUUUUGCCGAGAAGAGGACUCGGCCCCUUCGGAGCUCUUUUCCAUCAGAACGCGUUCAGGGAAAAAAGCUGGAGACACGGAGACAGUGUCAGCAUCUAGUUCGUCAGCUGAGCCGACCCACAUCAAUCGUAUUCCUGUCACUGUCAACCACGGCGAAAUUCGUUCGCUCACAGAACGGCACCAUCGUGCAGCUCCCCAGCACAGAAGCCCUGGGGCAUCAUCAAGCAAACCAGGAGCUCCAGAGAAUAUUCAGAACGAAACGCCGAAGAAGAUGUCUUGCGGCAGUGAUAAACCACACGAUAAUGAUCGAGAGAACGACGUGUUUGACUCCUGUCUGGUACAAGCUGGGACUGUUUACGACUACGGUGGCAGGUGGGGCGGCCAUACUCGUGGGGACUCCGACAUCGCCGAACACCUACAUGAUGCCCCCCUUGGCGACGAUCCUCAGAGGUCAAUCGACAACAAAGUUAUGAAUAUGAUUAGAAAGAUUCAGCAGCGAAGGCGGCACGAUCGGGAAGCCGCUGAGCGGUCUCAGACUUUCCUUCGCAAGAUGACCACCAGAGAGUCAGCACAGUCUCUGCACAGGUUAUCAACCUCGCGGAUAACGUCGGAGGGCGAUACGAUGGGAGCGCAAGCAUCUGUGCGGUCCCACAAGGAUGCUUGGCACCUAGCCUCCUUGGAAAGCACGUCUGAGCGAAUGGUUUGUCGAGGGGCUCCCUGCCAAACAGAACGCACCAGUGCUUGGUGCGCGAGUCACGACAAGAGUUGCCCGCGCACAGGCUUUUUCGGCCAUGAUUCGUCGGUGAGGAGGAGCGACCUUGACGAAGGGGAAUGGCAUUUCACUCUUCUUGAAAGGCAACACCUCCGCGAGCUAGCUCGAGAGCCGACGGUGCUGUUGCCGGCAAGCGACAGCGACGAGGACGGCACUCACCGGCAGAAAGCAGGCGACCGCGGAACUGUCAACAAGGGGGCGUCUGCCCCAGAGGAGACAAAGUCCAGAGCACCUCGACAAGGAGAGCAAGGAUUACAGUCAGCUCCCGGGUGGUGUGGAAGGAGAAGCAGCAUUAUCACACUACAUCCUGUUCAACCGGAAGCAGUCGGUGACUGUCCGACUAGUAUCUCUCCGUCGAAUGAGGCGCAGGAGAGAGCCGUGGUACACAGUUGUUGUGCUCCCGCCAAACGUACGCGUAACAACGCUUUCCAGUUUCGCAGUGAAGACGCCCACGCCAGCGCACACCCUGCCAUACUACCACAAGAGCUUUCGUGUGACCAUCCAGAAGACCAGCAAUGCGGCGUCUCGGUGACGCCGGAUUGCAGAGGAAGUGAACUUCAUCACAGCAGCGACAGAGUCUCACCAGCUCGCCGGAGGAGGUCAAGCUAUAACGGUGAAGAGGAGCCCCCCGGCGUAUGUGGCACUUUUGCAUCUAGGGUGGCUAUGUUUGAGAAACUGUUCGGGCGAAGAGCAGAGGCACCCACUCCCCACCGCGGCUCACGUAAAAGUGAACAGUCGGGGGAGGCAGUACGGCCCGCGCGGCGACCCGAGAUGGUGUGGUUGUCAAGACGCGGGCCGCUGCGCUUGGAAGCCGUUUACUCGGUGCGGCUGCCUUUAGUCCAGGAUGAGAAGGGAGAACCUUGGGGAAGGUACCCAAUCAUCGGCCCUGGAAAGCCGGAAAACCAAAACCACGCCAUGAUUUUUACGAGGAUGGAGACGAUGCAAGUGGUCGACAUGAAUAUGGAGGGGUACCUGGAGGAGGCGCUUAAACUUCGAAACCUUCUUCAGGAGUUCGUGGCUCAUCCACGCAUGAGAAUUCUAGGGUUUAGAGAGCAUAUCUUCACCGAAAACGUUUCCAGUUUGGCGAGCUAUAUGGCGCUUCAAGAAAACAUCUUUACCACGACAAACCAGAGAUUCUACCACGAACCUCUACAGGUACGAAUGCACUACGGCCACCCGGAUGUGUUCGAUCGCUUUUUCGUUCAAACCUGCGGGUCCUGCUCAAAGGCAUCGAAUGGCAUUAAUCUGUCCGAGGACGUGUUCGCUGGUUUCAACUGCACAGCGAGGGGAUACUCAGUGCGGCACGUCGAUUAUAUGCAGUGCGGGAAAGGUCGUGACGUUGGACUUCAACAGGUUGUGAUGUUCGAGAAGAAGAUUGCAGGAGGAAACGCAGAGCAAAUGCUAAGUCGCGACGUGUGUAGGAUGGCUGCCAAUAUGGAUUUCUUCAGGCUCCUGUCCAUGUACUUUUCCGGACCGGGCUUCUUCUUCAAUGCUCUAGUCCUUUUUCUUGCAGCGUAUGUGACACUGUACGUCAAAUGCAUAUUCUCUUUUUCAAAGCAUAAGUACAAGGGAGUGACGGAGUCGGCCUUACAAUAUGUUGUAGCACCAACGACCUACGUGCAGUUUCAGCUCGGCCUCCUACUGGUGGUGCCAUUGAUGGUCUGGCUUUUCGUAGAGAAGGGGUGUUGGGCGGCACUGACGAGAUCAUUCGACAUCAUUCUGAAGCUCGCUGUCGCCUAUUACAACUUCAUGAUCGGUACAAAAGCCUCAGUGAUUGAUCACGUCCUCAUCUACGGAGGAGCGAAAUAUCAAGAAACUGGACGAGGAUUCGUGAUCGCGCACGCGACGAUGAAGGAUUUAUGGCAGUUUUAUUACUUCACUCACUUCUGCAUUGGCUUGGAGAUGAUGAUGCUCUUAUUCAUAUAUGCUAUCUACUGUGGGUUCGAUGCCGGCCUCUACCUCUUAGAUGCUUGGCCGCUCUUGCUGAUGGCGCUGUCGCUUCUGUUCGUGCCCUUCCUUUUCAAUCCCCUUGGGAUGUACUACCCCCGAUUACUGGAGGACUUUUCCAGCUGGAGGAAAUGGAUGUCAUCUCGGGAUGUGAGACACGAUAAAGCCUCAUGGCUAGCAUGGUGGAGGAGCGAAAUGGAGGGACGCUGCAACAUUGCAUGGCAUCACCAGGUCAUUUUGGUCAUGCGACUCUCCCGCUUUGUGGUAUUAUCGGUUGGCAUCGUCUCCUGUGUCGCGACGUCGAUAAAAGCCACUGACCUGGACUGCGCUGUCUGCCUCUUCGGCACAGCCGGCUGCUUACUCUUCCUGAUGAUCUUCCUGGACGACCUGAAGCUCGCGAGCCCCAACUGGAACACACUUCUGUCUUUAGGUCUCUGUUGUACUGUGACUGCGGGCCUUGGAUCCGCGGUCGCUACCGGCAGCGUGACGAUUUCUGCCCUCCUGGCGUCCUCAGCUGCAUUCUUAAUUUUUUGUUACGGACUACUGGAAAUCAGCUUCGUCCUUCUCGGGCGAUGGGCUGUCAGAAAUGACGUCCUUUCGGAGGCAGCGCGGGUGUUCCACUACGUUGGAGGGUUCUUCGUCUUCGUGGUUCCAGUACUUCUCUCCAUCUUCACCCUGAGCUUUCACAAAAUUCAAACCCGAAUCCUGUUCAAUCCAAAUUUCGUGACAAUAGUAAAGAGUGGGCUAGUGCAGCGCGCGGAAGUCAUGAAGAGAGGACAUGGCACAGAGUAA